AAGAAUGAAUGUAGUAUUUUUGCAUCCCGAUUUGGGGAUUGGUGGAGCGGAGCGAUUAGUCGUAGAUGCUGCUCUAGCGUUGAAAAGCAAGGGGCAUUUGGUGCGGUUCGUGACGAACCAUCACGACCGAUCGCAUUGUUUUCCGGAAACUCGGGAUGGAACGGUUGGCGUCACUGUGGUUGGUGAAUGGUUCCCGAGAAGUGUUCUAGGUAAAUGCCAGGCAUUGUGUGCUUACCUGAGGAUGAUGUUGGCUGCUUUCUACCUUGUGUGGUUCUCUGGAAUCAAGUGCGACGUGAUUUUUGUGGACCAAAUUUCCGUGUGCAUCCCGAUCCUGCGAAUGGGGACCCGGGCAAAAAUCGUUUUCUACUGUCAUUUUCCGGACCAACUUUUAUCUGCUGGACGUGAAAACUUGAUCAAGUCUUUGUACAGGGCUCCGUUGGACUUCCUUGAAGAAGUGACGACUGGGAUGGCUCACAGGAUAUUGGUCAAUAGCCAGUUCACGGCCGCAUUAGAAGCCCUGGUUCCCGGGGAAUGGGACCACUUGAAGCUUGUCAUAGCUGGAGGAUACGAUUCUAGGGUAGAAGAAAAUGUAUCUCACUACAAGGAACUCGUGGAACUGAGCAAGAAACUUGGCAUUGAAGACAAGAUGCUCUUUCUGCAGUCGCCGUCAGAGCUGACAAAAAUUGCACUCAUUCGCACAUGCACUGCCCUGAUUUAUACUCCGGAAAAUGAACACUUUGGCAUUGUUCCCUUGGAAGCCAUGUACCUAGGCGCACCUGUGGUGGCAAUGGACAGUGGCGGUCCUAAGGAAACCGUUGUUGAUGGGGUCACAGGUUUUUUGACCCCUCCCGGGGACGCUGGUGCUGUGGCCAAGGCCAUGUCUGGCCUGCUGACCAACAAUGAUCAUCAUCGUAUGGGUGCAAUGGGCAGGGAGUGGGUGAAAGACAAGUUCUCGUUCAAAAACUUCUCGGAUGCACUAAAUAGCCUUGUAGCCACUGACGAGUAG